CUUUAGAGAAUUCUACGGCUUUUGCCAGUAUAUAUGAGAUAUAACCAAAAAGUAUACAUGUCUGGGGAAAAAAAUGUAUGUCUUAAUCUUGGUAUCGUUAUGACGUUGUUUGUUUUCAAUGCGAUGACGUUGCACAGGGCGACGCGGCGGCAGUGACGGCGGUCAAAGUAAAGAUGGCGGACUUGUCGGGGACCCAGCUGUCAGAAGAGAAAGAAGCAGAAAUUGAGCUAAAAAAAAGACAGAAACGACCGUGGGAUGAUUUUCACAAGUCAGGCAAAAUCGGUUUAACCCCAGAACUGCCGGAAACACUGGGAUUUUACGAUAUAAGUGCUGUCAGGCGGGAGAGACGGGAGCAUGCAGCAGAUCCAUCGCUGACGCGCUUCAUUGCCGCAGAGCUCACCAGAGGCUACUUCCUGGAACACAAUGAGGCCAAAUACACUGAGCGCAGAGAGAGAAUUUACACAUGCAUGCGCAUUCCCAAGGAGCUAGAAAAGCUGAUGCUUUUUGGCUUCUUCCUGUGUUUGGACUCCUUCCUGUACAUCUUCACCCUGCUGCCCCUCAGGGUGCUUCUGGCCGUGCUCCGCCUUCUCACCCUGCCAUGCUGUGGUUUCAGGGCACGCACAUGCCCCUACUGCAGAAGAAGCAGCGGGUCUCGGCUACUGCAGCCAGCGCAGGUGUGUGACAUGUUGAAGGGCCUGAUCCUGGUGCUGUGCUUUUCCAUGAUGCAUUACGUCGAUUACUCCAUGAUGUACCACCUGAUCAGAGGGCAGUCUGUCAUCAAACUCUACCUCAUUUAUAACAUGUUGGAGGUGGCUGACCGCCUCUUCUCCUCAUUUGGUCAAGACAUCCUGGACGCUCUCUACUGGACGGCCACAGAACCCAAAGAAAGGAAAAGAGACAGUUUAGGAGUCAUUCCUCACUUCAUUAUGGCCGUAUUUUAUGUCUUCCUCCAUUCCAUCCUCAUCAUGGUCCAAGCCUCCACCCUCAACGUCGCCUUCAACUCACACAACAAGUCCCUGCUCACCAUCAUGAUGUCCAACAAUUUUGUGGAGAUCAAAGCAAGUGUAUUCAAGAAAUUCGGAAAGAACAACUUGUUCCAAAUGUCCAACAGUGAUAUCAAGGAACGAUUCACCAGCUAUGUUCUCCUACUCAUUGUUUUUCUGAGGAAUAUGGAGCAGUUUGCAUGGAAGCCAGACCACAUGUGGAUGUUGUUCCCUGACGUCUUUAUGGUCAUCAUCUCUGAAGUUGCUGUUGACAUCAUUAAACAUGCUUUUAUCACCAAAUUCAACGACAUCACUGCGGAAGUUUACAGUGAAUACAGAGCCAGUUUGGCCUUCGAUCUUGUCAGUAGUCGACAGAAGAAUGCUUGUACAGACUACAGUGACUCAGUCGCCCGGAGGAUGGGCUUCAUCCCUCUGCCUUCAGCUGUUCUGGUUUUCCGAGUGUUGAUGAGUUCGGUGAAGGUGCAGGGAGCUCUUUCAUACACAUGUGUGUUCAUGUUUUAUCUCGGGCUGGUUUCACUUAAAGUGUUGAACAGUAUUGUGCUGCUGGGAAAGUCAUGUGUUUACGUCAAGAGGGCCAACAUGGAGGACAAACUGUUUGAGAGCCCCCCCACCAGUCCAUCCUCUGAGGAGAAGCCCAGCACAGCCGAGCAGGACAGAUGUCCCACACCUUCAGGUGAAUCCAAUGUGGAGCAGGUUACAGCCACACCCUUCAGCUCACCAUCGUCUUCCUCUUCCUUCUCUGUGACCACCCAGCCGACUCCCAGGACUGACUUGUUCCCUACCCCGCCCGCUGACGCCUCUCCUGUGGCUACAGCUAGCCGUCCUCCAACCCCACCCCCUGAACCUGAACAGCCUACACCUUCACUUUCCAAAGAAGAGGAGGGAGAGGAACAAGGGGCCCCUGAACUGAAACACAGGACUUCCAAUAAAGACCUUCUGGAGAUCGACCGUUUCACAAUCUGUGGUAACCGCAUCAACUGACCAGCGGCAGCCGCUGAUGUAGCGAUUAACCACUCAGGAAAUACGGAGAGCAAGAAGGCCCUGCAGCUUGACUUUCCUGGCCAACAGCAGCAGAAAGCUGAGUAUUUAUUAAAUUCAGUGACAUUACAGUAUAAGUUAUUAUGAAUAUUAGUGUCCAAUGAUCCUGCUGUUGUUGAAGCCUUAAGUCAAGAAAUUUGACAAAGAAAACUUCAGCUGGCUGAUAAACAGCACGAGACAGAAAGUGUGACUGUGGCAGCCCAGUCGUCAGGAUGAAGCGUCAAGUCUGUCUGUCUAAGUGUUUGAGUGGUUCAGUAUUUGGAGUGAGUGUGUGGGUGUGAGAGUGUGUGUGAAGCGACGUAUGUGUGAGAGCACACAAGCACUUGUCUGAGCAGCACUGGGACCGUAAGGUUGGAAAUUUCUCAGUUCACUCAGCAAUCAGAAAACAAACUUCCAGACUGGUACUUUGAAGUAAGAACCCGAAUCACAUUUCACUGCUUCAGACAUUUUCUUUUUCCUCAAGAAAACCUGAUUUUAAAAACUGUGAGGUUUCUUUUUGUAAAAUAUUGGGUGUCAUCCAGCAUAUCAACCACAUCUGCAAGAAAAUGUAGCCUGCUUUUACAGCACAGACUUUAUAAUCAGACACUGAGGUUACUUAAAUUUAGAUCCUGAAUGGGCUAAAAAUGGAAAGGCUUCUAAGUGGCUCCUUCAGUCAGGCGAGUGUAGUCAGUGGUUCCCAAAAGUCACAAGAUCAUUCUGGUGGGACACAAGGUGAAUAAAAUCCAAGAAAGCAGGUGUUUACUUUGGCACCAAACGAUGUUUAUUGAAACUUUUCUCCAACGUUAACCCCCUUUCUUAUGAAUUGCUGUCUAAUUUUACCUUUUUGUGUCUUUGUGACUUACGCAAUUGAAAGAGAAAAGUAGAAAACUGAAAUUCACGCUGGUAAUGAGAGAGUGUAAAUAGACAGUGGUUUGUGUUUUUAAGGAGUCACAAGCCAAAAAUUGAGAACCCAUCUCUUGGCUCUCACACGCUGAUCUUGUUAGAGCCUACACGUCGCUGCUCACUCGAUUAAUGUACCUCAGUGAGACUACUUUUUACUUUGCAGCAUCAGUUGAUGGAGUUGUGAAUGUGACUAAGAAGAGUGGCUUUUGAAUUAGAGCCUUUUGUUUACACAGCCAGCUGAUAAAGGCAUUUGCAGCCCACACUGCGCCUUCGACAACUGAAGGACCUUUCAUUAAAGCAACAUUAACCGAAGCUGCUGACGCUAAAUCAGCCGCUGCUUGCAGACGCUUACACAGCCAGACUUUUUUCAGAGGUCCUCUUAAAUAUAUGAAUAAAAGACAGCCUGUAGUCAAUAGUCAGUUCUGAUAGAUGCUGAAAAUUUCUUUGCUGCUUAGGGUACACUUUUCUUUAUAUACAGUAUAUUACGCGGCAAAUCAUAUCAUGAAAAAAAUCUCUAAAAUGCAGAUACUUGUUAGACAAUUGUCAACACUUCAAGGAUUAAUAUUACAUGAUGCAUCCUUCAGUAAGUAAGCACAGUCAUUUCGUUAUAAGAAAUUGCAUUUAUCACAUUCAUUCAUUCAUUCAGUUUUGGUCUCAAGAACAUUUGCACUCGUGGACCGUGUUGUCUUAAAUAAGAUGUUCUAACGUAUGAUCUCAUUCGACUCCCAAGCAUAUUCUGAUGUUUACAUCUUAGAACAUAGAAGCAAUAUUUACCCAACAAAAUGCCUUUUUUGCAUGUGUGUUUUACAUUUUGUUAACUGACCUUGUAAAGUUGGUUGGUAAGAUUUAAUUUUUUCUUUUAUUGCAAUGAAAAAUCUAAAAAUUCAUAGUAACAUCGUCUUUCAUUUGUCACUCAUGUACGUAAUUGAGCGCGAACAAACUACAACAUAUUGUUCCAAAGAGAGUUUUUAAAAUUCAGUGUAAGCCCAUGAAAUUCCAUCAGACAUGCAUUAUUAUUUCAUUUGUGUCGGAGCUCCAUGACUUUUUUUUUUCUGAUCCAGAUUAGUUCAAAUCAACAAAUGCUAUGUUAUGGAGCACUUUAUGAUUUCUUAACAAGGUUACAGUUUGCAUUUCUAUUAAGCUCUUUUACAGCAACAGUUACAUGCAUCAAGCUGAGUAGUUUUAAUAGAAUUAUAAAGAGAAACACAUGACACAUACAGUGAAAUUACCCCCACAUGCUGGUGAAUUUGAUAAUGUUACCAUGUUCGCUUCUCUUUGGGUUGAAAAUUUCCCUUUUCUGCUGCACUCUUUAUUUAUUUUGGAAUUUAAAAGGCACUUUAAUGCCCUGUUAAUUCCACAGUGUAACAUAUGACUCGUGGUAAUAUAUUUAAAGUUGACAGAAGCUGUCAUGUUGUAAACUGAUUUUUUUUUAUUUUAAGCUGAAGUAAUGUGUAUAUAAUGUAAACAUAUCAGCAUUUAUUUUAUUGUAUAAUGGAGAAAAAAAGGGUUCUUUAUAAUGUUCAUUACUGUUGUAAUAAGGAAGAUAGUUCUAUUUUUGCAGCUGCUGGUUGAGAUAGGAUUAUGUGUUUUUCGCGCAUGAAAUAUGACUCUGACUCCUUUGUGUGUUUUUGUCAAAUGGUUCGUCUCCACUGAUCUGAGCUCAGUCUUGCUGUGGUCUGUCCACUGCAGGCUAGCUGAGCCUCACUGGGUCCAGUCUGCAGUGGAGAUCAACCACAACCCGACCCAGCUAGGCUCAACCGAGCUAGUGGAGAUGAGGCAAAAGUGUUCUUAUUCAAGCUUCGAUGGUCCAGUACACUGCCUGCAUUGUUUCAUCAGUUUGGUUCCUUAUUUGAUUCCUACCUCGAUAUGUAUGAUAAUGCCCCAUUUUGGAUUAAUAAAAGUUUGUUUCUUAA